AGAGAGAGAGAGAGCAGGGUGAGCAGAAACUCAUCGGCGAGGACGGGCAAGCAAGCAAGCGGCACGGGGACCCGCCGGAAGAAGGAGCAGCAGCAGCAGCAGCAGCUUCAGCGCGAGCUAGGACGCAGACCAACAAAACACCGGCAGCAUACGCGACACCGAGGCGGCCAGCAGGGCGGAGAGGAGGAGGAGGAGGAGGAGGAGGAGGAGGAGGAGGCACCUGCACCGCGACUCGUUCUCCCCUCUGUCUCUCUGCUCUCUCCUUACCCCUCGUCUCUCUCGGACCGCCGCCGCCGCCGCCGCUUCCUCGUUAAGAUGGCUGACCCCAGCAGCGAUGGAGAGGCACCGGAGAGCGCGCGCGGCUUCGCCCGUCAGGGAGCCCUCCGCCAGAAGAACGUGCACGAGGUGAAGAACCACAAGUUCAUCGCGCGCUUCUUUAAGCAGCCAACCUUCUGCAGCCACUGCACGGACUUCAUUUGGGGCUUUGGGAAGCAGGGAUUCCAGUGCCAAGUGUGCUGUUUUGUGGUCCAUAAGCGCUGUCAUGAAUUUGUCACCUUUUCCUGUCCUGGGGCUGACAAAGGACCUGCCUCUGAUGAUCCUCGAAGUAAACACAAGUUUAAGGUCCACACUUACUCCAGCCCGACGUUCUGUGACCACUGUGGAUCUCUUCUCUACGGGCUGAUACACCAGGGCAUGAAAUGUGACCACUGUAUGAUGAACAUCCACAAGCGAUGUGUUGCCAAUGUCCCGAGUCUGUGUGGAACGGAUCACACCGAGAGGAGAGGACGCAUCCAAAUCACUGCCCAGAUCACUGGGGAGGCUCUCUCCGUCACCAUUAAAGAGGCGAAGAACCUGGUGCCCAUGGACCCAAAUGGCCUGUCAGACCCUUACGUAAAGCUCAAGCUGAUCCCAGACCCAAAGAGUGAGAGCAAGCAGAAGACCAAGACCAUCAAGUGUUGCCUCAACCCCACCUGGAAUGAGUCCUUCACCUUCAACCUAAAAGAAAGUGACAAGGACCGCCGUCUCUCUGUGGAGAUCUGGGACUGGGAUCUGACCAGCAGAAAUGACUUCAUGGGCUCCUUGUCUUUUGGGAUUUCGGAGCUACAAAAACAAGGGGUGGAUGGAUGGUUUAAGCUGCUGUCCCAGGAGGAAGGAGAAUACUUUAAUGUUCCAGUCCAGCCAGAGGGAGAGGAGGGUAACGAGGAGCUGCGGCAAAAGUUUGAGAGGGCGAGGGUGGGCCCAGGGAAACCCACUGACUCGUCUUCCUCCUCUGCGGUCUGCAAGUAUGACAGCAAUGGCAAUCAGGACCGGGUGAAGCUCUCAGACUUCAACUUCAUCAUGGUUUUGGGGAAAGGCAGCUUUGGCAAGGUGAUGCUGGCUGAGAGGAAGGGCACCGAUGAGUUGUACGCUGUUAAAAUCCUGAAGAAGGAUGUAGUGAUCCAGGACGACGAUGUGGAGUGCACUAUGGUGGAGAAGAGAGUCCUCGCUCUGUCUGGGAAACCUCCUUUCCUCACUCAGCUGCACUCUUGUUUCCAAACCAUGGACCGAUUGUAUUUUGUCAUGGAGUACAUAAACGGAGGAGACCUCAUGUACCAGAUCCAACAAGUCGGCAAGUUCAAAGAGCCUCAUGCUGUGUUCUAUGCUGCAGAGAUUGCCAUCGGACUCUUCUUCCUUCACUCCAAAGGCAUUGUGUACCGAGAUCUGAAGCUGGACAACGUGAUGCUGGACUCUGAAGGUCACAUAAAGAUUGCAGAUUUUGGAAUGUGCAAAGAGAACAUGUUCGAUGGGAUUACAACAAAGACUUUUUGUGGAACACCAGACUAUAUAGCUCCAGAGAUCAUAGCUUAUCAACCGUAUGGGAAAUCUGUGGACUGGUGGGCAUUUGGAGUGCUGCUCUAUGAAAUGCUUGCAGGCCAGCCACCUUUUGAUGGAGAGGAUGAGGAUGAGCUGUUCCAGUCCAUCAUGGAGCAUCAUGUCUCUUACCCUAAGUCCAUGUCCAAAGAAGCCGUUGCUAUCUGCAAAGGGCUGAUGACCAAGCACCCAGGUAAGCGUCUAGGCUGUGGUCCAGAGGGGGAGAGAGACAUCAAGGAGCACGCCUUCUUCCGCUAUAUAGAUUGGGAAAAACUGGAGAAUAAAGAGGUCCAGCCCCCUUUCAAACCGAAAGCUUGUGGGCGUGAUGCGGAGAACUUUGAUCGCUUUUUCACACGCCACCCCCCAGAGCUGACCCCCCCAGAUCAAGAGCUUAUAGCCAACCUGGACCAGGAAGAAUUCCAAGGCUUCUCAUUUGUUAACCCUGAGUACCCUAACACAAUUCAAUGACCAUGCUACAUAUCAUUGCGCUGCACUAGGAACCCCCCCACACUUGGGAUACAAAAUACAAAAUGAAAACAACACAAAAAUCCCCUUGUUGUCAUAUCCAGGCUGCAUUCAGCUGGGGGAAAUGUUAAAGGAAUGUAACACAAUUUGUGCAAAACAGUUUCUUCUUUUCUGAGGAAUGGAUGUGGACAUUGUUGCAGACUCAUAUCUGUGCAUGAAAUACAGAGCUGUAGCCAGGGGGUGAUUAGCUUUGCUUAAAAUGUAGACUGAAAGCAGGGGAAACAACUAGCCUUGUUCUCUCCUAAGUUAAAAUAAAAGUACAGCUCCCCCUAAUUGUUAUCUGGCUUUCUUGUUUUUAAAAAAAAGAAUAACGUUAAUAUUGAGACAUAUUUGUUCAUGUUGAGUUCAGUAGUUGUUCAGAGUUACUACUAUCAAACAUUUUGUCAUAUCAGUGAGGAGACAAGCAGAGAUGCUGCACACAAGUGCUGGUUAGAAAAGAAAAACCUAUAAAUUGUAGAGUUGCAUCAUAAAAAUGUCUAAAAGCAGAUGAUUCUCAAGCAGCCACUAAGACCUGUAAGGCAAGGGUCACAUGACGGAUUAAGGCAGCUUUAAGCUACAUUUCGUUAGCACCAUUGUCUUUUCUACUGGUGCUCUUAGAAGCUAAUAGGUAAAAAGUGAACUUCUUUACAGCAUAGGGGAAAAUUGCAAAAAGGUUGUUGUUUUUUUGUGUGUUUUAGCAGUAGCUUAAUGAUACCUUAUCACUGUGAUUCUAUUGUCUAGAAGGAAAAUAUAAUCCAUAGCUUUACUUUUUUACUCUGCCAUUAUAAGCAAAUGUAAGCAUGCCAAUCUCGCUCAACUAAGAUAAUGAACACUGUCAACCAUGGUUUAUACCUACUUAACAAAGGCAAGUUAACGUUGUCAUUUAGAGAAUUAUAGCCAUAGACUUUAUAAAAGAAGUGGACCUACCAACGAUGACAUCUUGUUUGAGGAUCUACAUGUCAUGCCUGCAGUUUGGCCAUUGCAAACGUAUUGUUUUUUGGGGGCCAGAAGUUACCAUAGUAGGAUUAGAUGGUUGAAUUAAAGCAAAAAAUGAAAGUUUAUUACAAAAAAAUGUACAAGUUGCUGUAAAAGCUUAACAAUACUUAACUUUAUUUUCUAUUUUUCUCUGAAUUUAACCAUAAUGCUUAAAAAAUGAACAUGUGGCUAUAAAAAGGAACCCUUAAAAACUUAAGUAAGAUGAAAGGUCCUUAGAAAAAAGGCACAUUUAAGGCACUUUUGCAUUGGCUUCACUUUUCAGAUCCAGAGAAUAGAUCCACUUUAUUUAUACAGUCUAUGAUUUAGCUUGCUAACAUUAGCAUUAAGCUCAGAGCACCAAUGUGCCUAAGUACAUCCAUACAGAGUCACAAAUAUUGUCUGUGGACUUAAAUCCUUUUUUUCUUUUUGAAAAAUAAAUGUAAAGGUGUGCUGCCUCAUAAAAGGACUUGCAUACAAUUUUGUACCCAGUAGAAGUUAGCGGUAAGCUUGUUAGCACAAAAGCUCACUAGCAGUAGUCUUGUUCACCGAUGUGAUCCUUGCCUUUUUUGUGUGAGGGUCUUCCCCAAUAGAAACAUGUUUUGUCACUUCAGCUCUGUAUUUGAUGGGACCACAAAAGAGUGGUAUCAAUCCUAUCAUCUCAUCCUCAGAAAUUAAAUUAAAUCACUGAAUCACCCAAAAAGCAACAAUCAAUUUCUUCUUCUUGGAACAAGGUGCAUAUGGAAGUGCAGACGGGUGCUCUAGUGCUGAUAAUCUCUUCGUAAUUUGUCAAGUUGCUGGUAUAAAUCUGGUCUUUUUUUUACCAGUGAUGAGACAGAUUUUUAGUUUUCUUUGGUUUAGCAAGUCAUUGUACACUGCUGCUCUCAUAUCAACUCUACUGGCUGUAUUUCUAUCUCAAGUGCAGAAAUGUUGUUCCUCCACACUAGCAGGUUCAUGUCCGAGUCUGACUUCUUGGCUGACCUGAUCCUGUUCUGUCUCUGUGUCACCCUCCCUGUAAAUGCAUAUUGACUAUGACAACCUAUCAGUAAUAUUGAUAAGUGUAGUAUGAUCACAUAUUGGUAAUAUUCACACAGUGGAAGUGAAACUGAAAUCUUGCUUUGCUAUGAUUGUUUGAUUACUAAUGAGUUUAUUAAUGUUGAUUUCCCUUCUCUAAGGACCAAAUAGUUCUACACUUUAUGUUCAGUCAGUGCUGUGGUGAGCUUAUCUUAGAACUUUUGCUGAUUUAAUCUUCUACUAGUCAGAGGACAGAAUUCUGAAUACCUGCAUCUACAAGAGUUUAAGUCUGCAUCAAGUCAAUGUUUUUGGACUGACAGCUUAUUUUUCUCUUAUCAUUUCUUUAAACAUUCACCACAUAACACUGUGCUGUGAUUAUCAGAGGGCAUAUCUUUUAGAUGAUUUACAACCGUUUUUGCAGGAUGUGACAAAGCUCAGUCAAGUCUUGUGAGGCUGGUAGUCUGUUAGCUUACAAAAACAGGAUGUUCAAAAGUGCCAAAAUAUGAUUAAGAAUCAUGAGGAUGUUGACAAUUACUGUCCUCAAAAACUGUGAUGAAGCGCAGCCAUCUUGUGCCAUUUUGCAGUACAUGUAUAACUAUUAGAAUAUGCAUAUAGCUUUUCUGUCCAACAACACAAUACCAUUGGAAAGUUAUUUUUAUGUAUAAAAUGAAUGUCUGACAAGAUAUGUUUUAUUGUGAGGCAGAUUGUAUUUUUUUUCUUUGUUACUGUGUCAGAUGCAGGAUAGUUAUGUGUCAAAUCUUGUUCUUUGAGCUUGUAUCAAAAAAGGGAUGUGGCAUUUCAGAUUUGUUUCUGUUAUCUAAAGAUGCUCGUUGAUCAAGACAAUAAUUCUUACAGGUGUAAAACGAGAGCACUUAUUGUGAUGAUGUUAUAUCAGUAGUGACAUAUUGAGUGAUAGAAAAGGGAUAAAUAAAUAUAAAUAGAUAUAACAGAGAGAUAUUUGGAUUAAUUGUUCUGGAUGAGAGAGAUGCUUCUGUGAAUUGUGUAAUUGUCCUGUAUGACUGGAAACUGAUAAUAUACUCACUGGUGCCUGCCAGACUA